UGGCUGGGACGACUCGGUACUGCUGCCGCUUCCGAUCAGUGUCCGGGAUGGUGCGGCCUCAGUAACCGAAGUUCGGCUACAGACCGGGCAUGUAAAACAACCAAUUACAACCCUCGCUUUCUCACUGUCCAGCCUCGCUCUUCCGCCUGUUUUGCUUCCUUCGCGUUCCGAUCAUUUUCGUUCGUUGCCCUUUCACUGGUGCUGUAAUGUAUUUACAGUGGCCUGAAUGUUUUUAAUAGAGUUUAUGUACCUGCGCCUUCUCCGGGGCAGUUCCGGGUACCUCAGUGGCAAGCGACCCCGAUGGUCAUUCAGCCCACACCUCCCCGUGCUGAACACCGCACCGUGAUUUCCUGUCAUCGGCGCCUGUCCAUCCUCUGGGGUUAAUCAUUUGUUUUGAAGUUGUUCGGAAACAUAGCGGGAGGGAAGUUGCCGGGUGUAUGGGGAGGAGGAGGUCGCUGCUGUUGGCCGAUAGGAACAGCCCAGUUGCGUUUCCCCGUCAGGGCUGGAGUGUGGCGGCGGUGACGGGGAUCGCAGUGUGGCGAGUCUCCAGGUCCCGCACCGGUCAUGGAGUAAGCGGAGGUACCGGAUCCCCUCCGCGCUUGCUUCGCUCCCCGGGACCGUGCCUCCCUGCGCGGCUUGGACUUCCAUUAUUUCAGUUGAAGAUGCUGCAGCUGUGAGGAAUGUCCUUAACAGAUCCCUGUCAUGGCCCCUGGGAUCAUCUCCUCGCCACUCACCACCUGCUGCCUACUUUUUAUCACCCUUUGCUGCCUCUGUUCUGUGUCUCAGUCCCAGGAAGAUGUUACAGGUGGACCUGAGUCAUUGCCUAUGGUCACUGGCAUCUCUGCCACCUCUGAAUAUUCAUACCCAGAUUACCGGGGCAAAGGCUGUGUGGAUGAAAAUGGAUUUGUGUAUGAAAUUGGAGAGGAGUUCACUCCCGGACCAGCUGCAUGCCCAUGUUUGUGUACUGAUGAUGGGCCACUGUGUGUCAAACCUGAGUGUCCUAGCCUACAUCCUCGUUGUAUCCGUGUGGACACCUCCCGCUGUUGCCCUGAAUGCAAGGAAAUAAAGAAUUACUGUGAAUUUCGGGAAAAGAAAUAUAAACAACUGGAGGAAUUCAAGGUUUCUCCCUGCGAGAAAUGUCGCUGUGAACCCAAUGGCGAGGUGCAUUGUUCCGUAGCAGAAUGUGCCCAGGUUGAAUGUGUGGAUCCAGUAUAUGAGCCAGAUCAGUGCUGCCCUGUCUGCAAAGAUGGUCCCAACUGUUUUGCAGGAGUUUCCAUUAUCCCAGCCGGACGAGAGGUGAAGAUUGAUGAAUGCACAACCUGCCACUGCUCCUAUGAAGAUGGCACCUGGACAGUUGGCCAUCAAGCAACCUGUAUCAAAAAUGACUGUCAAGAAACUUAGACAAGAGAUUGUACAGUAAAAGACAAAGAAGUCUGUUAUAAAAUGAAAUUGAAGAAUGCUGUUUUUGUAUAUAUUGUAUUGCAUACCAUACUUAUAUUUAAUUAGUUACAUUAUUUGUACAAAAUCCAAGCAAUAAAAAGUGACUCGUAUA